UGGCAAGUUUCCUGGCCGCUCAAUGGUCCUGUAAAUUCAUCAAGUUUUGAUCUAGACGGAGGUUGUGGACAUCGCAAAUUUGGAUAUGCAUGAAAAGUUGAAUGAGAAUGGGAUUGAAACCUGCUUUCAUUCAGCUCCCUCUGCAGAGCAGUUCCUGAUAAGGAAGAAACGCAGACAGAAGAACUUUUUACGAACCAGUGCUGGAGCUUCAUAGCUGCUGGUUGUAAUUCUGCUGCUCGCACUUCCAGAAUCAAUCGAAAAUUUCAUUCUCAACAAGUGGACCAUCAACGUGACGUGGCGUUGGAAUCGGUGAGGCGGUAUAAGAGGAGUUUUUUCUUUUUUUUUCCGAGGUUGAAGAGUUUGCGGCGAUGGCUACCGCGGCGGAGAGCGCCACAGUGCAAGCAUUGCGUGACGUGAUGCAACGCAUUCAACAAGCUAGCGAGCGCGCAAAUCGCCCCGUCUCCUCUCAGGUGCGAUUAGUAGCUGUGAGCAAAACCAAGCCGGUGAAAAUGAUUAGGGAGGUUUACGAUGCUGGACACCGCCACUUCGGAGAGAAUUACGUGCAAGAGCUUAUUGACAAGGCCCCUCAGUUUCCUGAAGACACCAAAUGGCACUUCAUUGGUCAUCUUCAAAGUAACAAGGCGAAGGCCCUUGUCACCGGCGUCCCUAACCUCUACAUGGUUGAAGGCGUUGACAGCGAGAAGGUAGCAGAUCAUCUGGAUAAAGCAGUGAGCGGGCUAGGAAGGCCGCCAUUGAAAGUUCUCGUGCAAGUGAAUACUAGUGGGGAGGCGUCCAAAUCAGGAGUAGAGCCGUCUAACUGUGUGGAGCUGGCAAAACAUAUCGAGGAAAAGUGUCCAAAUUUACAUUUCUCAGGAUUCAUGACCAUUGGCAAUCUCGACUACACAUCCACUCCUGAAAAUUUCAAGACUCUGGCUAGCUGCCAAGAGAAGACGUGCAGGGAGCUCGGCAUCCCAAUGGAGGAAUUUGAACUUUCUAUGGGCAUGUCGAGUGACUUUGAGCUCGCCAUUGAAAUGGGAAGCACGAACGUGAGAGUUGGAUCCACUAUCUUUGGAGCUCGAGAGUACGCAACGUAGUCCCUGAGCUUGACACGUAGACCGAACAUAUGCGCAGAUCAUUACAAUAUCACGGAUUUUCAAAUGAUCCAUUUCUGUUAGUCACAUAAUUUAAAUGAAAGCAUUAUCAUGGGUACUAUAACAUCCUGCUUUA